AUGGGGAUUACAAUCAUUGGUUCUUUAAAUUAUGAUUUGGUUACUUAUACCAAUAAAAUACCAAAUGCGGGUGAAACUAUAAGGGCAAAUUUAUUCGAAACUCAUACUGGUGGUAAAGGUUUAAAUCAAACUGUUGCUAUAGCUAAAUUGAAACAUCCUGAUUCUAAUUAUGGUAUUAAAAUGGUUGGCAAUGUAGGUGACGAUUCAUUUGGAAAAGAAUUAGUAGACAUUUUGAAACAAAAUAAUGUUAACAUCGAUGACAUUGGUAUUCUUUCUGAUGUUAAGACUGGCAUUGCUACUAUUCUCGUAGAGCAGCAAAAUGGUGGACAAAAUAGAAUUUUAAUUACUGAAGGUGCGAAUGGAAAAACUGAUUACUCAUUGGAACAAUUAAAGUCAAUUUUUAACAAUGUUUCCAAUAAUGAAGAGCAAUUCGUUGUUCUGCAACAUGAGAUUCCGAAUCCAAUUUCAAUUAUGAGCUUAUUGAAAAACAAUUUCCCAACUUAUAAGAUCGUUUUCAACCCUUCUCCUUUCCAACCAUUGAAUAAAGGCGAUUGGCUUCUAAUCGAUGUAUUAAUUGUUAACGAAAUUGAAGCAUUACAAAUUGUAAAUUCUGUUUAUUCAAAGGAUGAAAUUGCAAAACAUGAAUCGGAAAUAAACCACGAUUUUGUUAAGGGUUAUACUACCCUAUGUGAAAAAUUUCAAAAGCAUUUAGUCAACAAAGAUGGGUUAUCUGCAGUAAUUAUUACAUUAGGUUCAAAAGGUGUUCUAUAUUCUUCAAAGGAUCAGCCAAUAGUAGAAUAUCAACCUGCAAAAUCUGGUAUUACCGUUGUAGAUACUACUGGUGCAGGUGAUACAUUCUUGGGCGCUGUCGUCACUCAAUUACAUCAACAAAGUUCAUUGAAAGAAGCAAUCGAUUUUGCAACUUCAGCAAGUUCUAUAACUAUCCAGAGAAACGGUGCUGCCGAAAGUAUCCCUGUAUAUUCUGAAGUAGUUUCCAGACAUUGA